CCAAACGCUAUAAAUCGAUCGACGUAAAUAAGUCGUUGAAAAUUGUAAUUUUUGAAAUUUUUUUCCCAUUUUUUUUUGUCUUAUUGAAUUUUGAAAAAUAUUUCAUGUAUUUUUCAUAUUUUUGUUUCGAAAAAUUCGAUUUUUUUUGUCGCCCUCGAAUCGGGUCGACUCGACGAUCGAUCUGAGUCGCUCUGCAUUAUUCCCAUUUGGCGUCGACUCAAAUUGCUGAGUUAUCGGAAAGUGAUUUCUGGCAAAUGGUUCUCAACCGCCUCCGCCGAAAACAACUACUGUCGAUCCACUCACAGAUUCUUAUCGCGAACUCUACUAAAAUAUUGUGCAUGGAAAGUGCGGUACGGGGUUUCAAUCUUCGUCGAUUACCUGACUUCGUUACUAAUUUCUUUAUUUUUACUUCAAAGUGUCACGAGUGAUAAGAAAACUUGAUUUUCUAACGCGAGGUGAACAAACGGAUAAACAUGAAUCAUCCGAAGCAUAAGCCGUGGAUGCAGCCUGGCAUAGGAGCCCCACCUCCAAGAGGUGGUGGAGGAAGACCAGUGAUCGGUGCACCUUCUAGUACCGGCGAUGAAGAAGCGCCGAAGGAUCCAGGGGCUCGAAUCACUCAUCAAUCUUACACCGAAAAAGAUUAUGAAGGUCACAGGGCACACACCGUCUACGUCGGGGUCCAUCUUCCUGGGGAGAGAAGACAUCGAAGACAUCACAAGCACCACCAUUCGAGUCGGCCAGCCUCUUACAACGGGAGCAAAGGAGAGCCUGACGAUCGGCCGAGACAUUUGGUGCUUGCACGGAGGGCUCGCCUCGCUAGCAUCUGCGAUCCCGAUGGCGAAACUAUAUUCACGCCACCAGCCCAGAGAGUUCAGUUUAUCCUUGGUGAGGAGGUUGGCGACGAUGCCCACGAGUCGCAUCCCCUUUUUUCUGAAAUGGAGGAACUCGUCAAGGAGGGUGAUGAAAUGGAAUGGAAAGAAACUGCCAGGUGGAUCAAGUUCGAGGAAGACGUCGAAGAAGGUGGCAACCGAUGGAGCAAGCCCCACGUCGCCACCUUGUCCCUCCACUCGCUCUUCGAACUUCGUAGUUUAAUACUCAAUGGAACUGUCAUGUUGGACAUGGAAGCAACCAGCCUCGAACAGAUUUCUGACCUCGUUUUGGACAACAUGAUCAGCAAGGGCGUUCUACCCAUUGAAGCCAGAGAAAAGGUGCGGGAGGCCCUCUUAGUCAGGCAUCGACAUCAGCACGAAAGACGCAAGGACAACAACAUGUCAAGGUUACCCAUCAUCAGGUCUCUGGCAGACAUCGGAAGGAACCAUUCGUCAUCGAAAAAUUGUGACUGUUCAUGUGGUAUGCAACGUUUGUUGACGUCAGAUUUGCAGGAGCGUCCGAUCAACGAUACUGGCGAGGUUUAUGCACCGGCUUCGGUUAUUCGUAGCACAAGCUGUCCCGAUCAAAAAACCGCUCUCAUCUCCAAAGAAGCUAAAGAUCUUAAAGGUCCAUACCUACUUGUGCCAGUGGAAGAAUCGAAUUCAGUGCCUGUGAUCGUCGGGGCUACUCCUGGCAGUGGGGUCGUAGGACUCAAUCCCGGUGGCGCUCGCUUUCUCGCUAUCCCCGGUAACCCUGGCCAGGAACCAGGAAACAAUGGUAUGGACCGAAGUCCCAGCAAUGUAUCCAUCAACAGGACUCACAGUGCAUCAGGCUUGGAGAAUGGUGACGGCAAUCACAAGAGCAACGUCCAGUUCAUGAGAAAAAUUCCACCCGGAGCCGAGGCGAGCAAUAUUCUCGUUGGUGAAGUUGACUUUCUGGACAAGCCUCUGUCAGCCUUCAUUCGACUGAGCCAAGCUGGGAUGAUGGGAGACCUGACCGAAGUCCCAGUGCCGACCAGGUUCAUAUUCAUUCUGCUUGGACCGACGGGUGGAAUCUCAGGCUUCCAUGAGAUCGGUCGUGCCAUGGCAACCUUGAUGUCUGACGAAGUCUUCCACGACGUUGCUUACAAGGCCAAGAAUCGCAAUCACCUUUUGGCUGGGGUGGAUGAAUUCCUUGAUGCUGUAACUGUCUUGCCACCCGGCGAAUGGGAUCCCACCAUUCGGAUAGAGCCACCAGCAGCCAUUCCGUCACAGGAUACGAGAAAAAGGCCAAAGGAAGAAAAACCUAAAGAAGAAGUGGACGAGGAAGCCGACGAACAGAAGCUGAGAGAAGAGUCAGGUCUCUCUAGGAGUGGCAGGCUUUUCGGAGGCCUCGUCAACGACAUCAAACGAAAAGCACCGUUUUAUCUAUCGGAUUUCAAGGACGCCUUGGCCCUCCAGUGUAUAGCAUCCUUCAUAUUUCUUUACUUCGCGUGUCUCUCGCCCAUCAUCACCUUCGGUGGACUGUUGAGUGAGGCCACUGGUAAAAACAUGGCAGCCAUGGAGUCACUUGUCUCAGGUUUUGUUUGCGGUGUAGGAUAUGGACUCUUUUCUGGACAGCCUCUAACUAUUCUCGGCUCGACGGGACCCGUUCUCGUCUUCGAGACAAUUGUUUACAAAUUUAGCAUGGAAUCAGACUGGGACUACAUGUCUUUUCGUUUCUGGAUCGGUACAUGGAUUGCCAUUAUUCUUGUAAUCCUCGUAGCUGUCGAUGCUAGUGCUCUCGUCUGUUACAUAACUCGAUUCACUGAAGAAAACUUUGCUACUCUAAUAGCAUUCAUUUUCAUAUACAAGUCGGUGGAGAACGUUCUUUCGAUCGGCAAAAAAUUUCCAAUCGACACGCACGGAAACGAACCGAUUGCCGAUUACUGCGAGUGCAUUCCGAGCAACUUUUCUAACAUUUUUUCAACCCGGCAAGACGUCAAUUGGACCGCGUUGGAUCGAGUCACCUGUUCGAAAUAUAAUGGUACUCUUUUCGGAGAAGGGUGCGAGGCACCUAAUUACGUACCUGAUGUAUUCCUCAUGUCAAUAAUCUUAUUCAUGGGCACCUUCCUCCUGUCCAUCGAGCUCAAGGAUUUCAAAAAUUCUCUCUUCUUCCCAUCAAAGGUUCGCCAAAUAGUCAGCGACUUUGCUGUAAUUAUCGCAAUAUUCUCGAUGUCGGCGCUCGAUCAUUACGUAGGUAUUUCAACGCCGAAACUCGAAGUACCAACAGAGUUCAAACCGACCUUGGACGGACGCGGUUGGAUCAUUUGGCCGUUCCAGAGAAAUCCCUGGUGGAGCGCGUUGGUUGCCUUCUUACCUGCUCUACUUGGCACCAUACUCAUCUUCAUGGAUCAACAGAUUACUGCUGUUAUCGUUAACAGGAAAGAGAAUAAGCUCAAGAAAGGAUGUGGCUACCACCUCGAUCUCUUCGUGCUCGCGGUCCUCAUUGAGAUCUGUUCCGUAAUGGGUUUGCCCUGGUUCGUCGCAGCCACGGUAUUGUCCAUAAACCACGUUAAUUCGUUGAAGCUCGAAUCCGAGUGUGCGGCACCAGGUGAAAAGCCUCAAUUUCUUGGGGUCCGAGAACAGCGCGUAACCCACAUUCUCAUAUUCCUCAUGAUCGGUUGUUCCGUUUUGCUGACGCCGAUGCUGAGGCACAUACCGAUGCCGGUAUUGUUCGGGGUGUUUCUUUACAUGGGCGUCGCCUCGUUGAAGGGCCUUCAAUUCUUCGACAGAAUACUCAUCAUGCUCAUGCCGGUCAAGUAUCAACCGGAUUACAUGUUUUUACGACAGGUGCCACUGAAGAGGGUCCACAUGUUUACGAUCUUCCAAUUGACCUGCUUGGCCUGUCUCUGGACAAUAAAAUCGUUCAGCAGCACGUCGAUACUCUUUCCACUGAUGCUCGUCGUGAUGAUCGGCAUCCGGAAGUCGCUGGACCUCGUCUUCACGCAGCGCGAGCUCAAAAUUUUGGACGACGUCAUGCCAGAGCCGAGUAAAAAGCACGCGGACGAUCUCCGGCAGCUGGAAAGCGGCGAGGAACCGAGCGAGCCGAUUGGUUUUCCAUCCUCGGGAAAUCUUCAAAUAUCAUUGGCAAAUGGCAACAUCAUGAAAAUACCACUGACGAGCAUAAACAUUAGCGAGGAGGUUAACAAAACUGGUAUAUGGAAGCAGGUCAAUGAUGUCAACUGCAAUAACGAAAAUAAACAGCCCAAGAUUCCGAAGAUGAUCAAGUAUUCGGUAACGCAGCGUUACCAAGUCAAAGAAACAUCCUAACAAGGAGGGCGUUCUUCUCAUGCCUGACGAGAUGACACGUUUGACGACGAUGACUGAGGAGGAGGACGAGGACGACAGUGGCAUUUCCAUCAAGGUCACAAAGGUCAAUGACUCUCGGGUGUAAUUUUCCGAGCAUUUGAAAAACAAAGUAGUCGAGUAAGAGGAGCCUGCUUCCUUCGGAAUCACUACUGACCAAAGCCAACGAUCUCAGUCUCGGAAGAUCGCUCAUCGGCUCAUAAAAACGAACGAAACCAGAAGACGAAAGUCAGAUUAAAAUUCUUUGUGCCACUGCAGUGAGAAGCAAGCGUCGACUGUCCAGCGAAUGGAAAGAAAAAUAUGAAAGAACUAAGGAAAAUUUGCAUUCGAAUGUUGUUCACUGUGAUAAUGAGACAAUUCUAUUUAAUAUUAACAUUGACGAUUGAAAAGAUUUAUCGCAACGAAGAUCGAUUUCGUAGCCGGAAAGAAACCUCAAAUUUCUACAGGAUUAAUCGACGAGAAUUAUUAAUUUUCAAAACUACUGAAUCGUUCGUCUGUCAAGCCCGUAACAUUGGAUCGUUUGUCAUUCACUCGAAGAUUGUAAUCCCGAUAUUUAUUGAGAUGAAAUAGUUUUCGAAGGGCAUUUUUGGGAACUCUUCGUUAUCAAUUUUUAUUUAAACUGACAAGAAAUUCUGUGCGCUGCUUUGUUAGUGGGUCCACGCGGCUACAUUUUCAUGAACUUAGUUUAGUCAAAAGCAUUCCUUUUCGUGACUUUUUACUGUAAAUUAUUUCCACAUUGGUGGAAAAAUCAAUAGCUGAAUGGUGAAAAAAAAAUUUUCGCAAAAUGGAAAAAGCUGUGUUUCGUUAGCAAUGGAAAUUCCAAAUAUUCCAAAUUCAAUCGGUCUGAAACAUCGUGAAAGUUUAUUUCUAGUAUUAAUAAUGCCAAAAGUUAACAACAAUUUUUUUGCAAGGAAGGCAGUGUCCGACGAGCAAUCGAAAAUCCCAUCGAGGGAGGUAAAGUGGAAGAUUAUUCCCAAAGAUUUUGAACAUUUAAUCGAGUUUGCCAAUUUUUUGACAAAUUUUUAUAAACAUUUUUGGAAAUUGUACUUCAAAUGUUUGCAAAAAUGAAACAAAAAGAGAACAAUUUUUAAAAAGCGACUCUCCAGCUGAAUCAAUCGCAAACGAAUUUUUAAAGUUAAUAAAAAAGAAAAAAAAACAAUAAUAUACAGAAAUGUCAAAAUGAAAUAGAAUCCAAAAUGAGAGCCACGACUCAAAGGCAGUUGAAGCGAUUAAUAAAUAAGGAAGCUAGAAUGUGACAAAGACAGGAAGUUAAAUACCUACCUCGAGAAUGUUAAGUAAUGUAGAAAUAAUCGAUAAAAAUGAAUGUGUAUGAUAAUUGUUAUUCUCUUUCGUGUUAGAAAAAUAAGAAAUUUCCAAAAAUUGUACGAUCAUGUGGAUAAAUGUGAUCAUUGAAAACCGGCAUAAAAAGUGAUAAAAAACGAGAUGAAAAAAAAGUGAAAAAAAAAAAAAAAAUAACAAAAGAAAAUACGACCGAAACCGAAGAAUCUCUACAAGGUGUUACAUUUGCGCCAAAAACGUGUAAAUAUGAUUUUUACGACUGAACGAGCCUAAAUCCGAAUGUUUGUAAGUAAACCCUUUUGUCAUUCGAGUUGAGUUUCCCCUCCGCACGAAAGAAAGUUCCUUCCCACCCGAAACUUAUCGAUACUCGCAACAAUGAGAUAGUUAAUAAAAAAAAUAAAUAAAUGAAAAAAAAACCGUUAGAAUAUUGUGCAACGUUCAAUAUGAAGGAUACGAAUAAGCUGAUUUGUGGAUGAACCGAAAUAAACAAAAUUUAUAUCUA